AUGAGGUUACAGGAAGAACGAGCAUUUCAGUUACAGCAAAAGGAAAAGGCAGCGCAAGAGUAUAAGUUGUACUUAGACAAUAAAUACAAAAUCCUUGAGAACCUGGCGAACGAUAAAGCAUCGAGUCGAAGUUCAAAUGUAUGCGGUAGCCGAGUAGAAGAGUGGGUCCGAGGCACUGCUCCUAUAGCCAUAGAUACAGCUGAAGCCGCCGCUCCAGAACGAUCUCGGAAGCACGACGACGUAUUUCAGCAGCAACGGGAGGAAUUGAAAAAGCAAGCAAGUACAAUCAAUCGAAUGCGGGAAGAGCAGUUGGAACAAGGUAGGCUUCUACGCGAGCAGCAACAGCAGUUAUCGAAUUGGCAUGCAGAAGUAAGGUCGCAACCGCGAAAUCGAAUUUCUUCUCACCAGGAGCCUGGACGAUUCGUUCCACACGCUCUACCACAGUCAACACAGCUCACCCCGAGAGAGCCUGGUGUGUUGCGUAGCACGCACGAGAACCCGACUAACGACCAUAACACUUUCUCAGUAAAAUCAUCGUCAGUGGACGAGUACGAUCAGUUCCAGCUGUCACGUUCUCAGAUUGCUGCCCGACAGGCAGUUUCCAAAGACCUGCCUAUAUUUUCUGGCAAUCCUGAGGAGUGGCCAGUUUUUAUGUCGAUGUACAAUCGCACCACUACAAUGUGCGGAUUUACAGACGAUGAGAACAUAGUUCGGCUGCAAAAGAGUUUGAAGGGCAAGGCCUACGACGCUGUAAAGAGUCGACUGAUGCAUUCCGGAAAUGUUUCAGGGAUACUAACUACCUUGAAAAUGUUAUUUAGACAACCCGAGGUAAUCAUACAGUCGUUGAUCGAUAAAAUAAGCUCACUGCCGCCGAUCCGAGAAGACAGGUUGGAAACGCUAAUAAACUUUGCUGUGAGUGUUCAAAACUUUUGUGCAACCGUAGAUGCAUGUGGAAUGCAGGAAUACAUCUAUAACGUUACCAUGCUCCACCAGCUCGUCGGAAAGCUACCAUCGUCGCUGAAACUAACCUGGGCUCAGCAUCGUCUCACACUAAAAAAUGUCAACCUGGCAUUAUUUGGACAGUGGAUCUACACCUUGGCGGAGGCAGCCAGUGUCGUCGUUUUCCCACCUACGGUACAAGGAAUGCAAUCCACUCAUAAUGAAGCUCGUGGAUCAAGGAAAGGAAACGCAUACCCUGGUGCGCAUUCUGAAACAUUUUAUCCUCAAGAAAACUACGAAAGCGAUACGGAAGAACCAUCAACGGUGGCAGCAACGUCACUCAGAGAAGCCUGUCCAGUUUGUAAAGGAAGCUGCAAGUCUGCUGACAAGUGUCAACGCUUUUUAGUGCUCUCUAGGGAAUCGAAAUGGGCAGUCAUAAGAGAAUUUGGAUAUUGCCGAACAUGCCUGCGAAUUCAUAGAGGAGUUUGUAAAGCAAAACCAUGUGGCAAAAAUGGAUGCACUUACAGGCACCACGCACUGCUACACAAUGAUUCCAGACAAAAUAUAGCAGGGAUUCCUGAACGCACACAAUCUCCACUACCCGGUACUAGCCGUUCCGACUGCAACACUCAUCAAGCAACAGGAAGCUCUGUACUAUUCCGUUACCUUCCUGUAACACUUUAUGGAACAAAAAAGGCGAUUCGCACAUUUGCAUUCCUGGAUGAGGGAUCCGCGCUUACGUUGCUCGAUCAGGAUCUCGCGAAUGAGUUGUGUCUUGAAGGUUCAACACGACCGUUGUGCCUUCGAUGGACCGAAGGAACUGAAAGGCAUGAAGCUAACUCGCGCGUUUGCAACCUCCAAAUUGCCGGAAUCGACAAGGAAAGUAAACAAUUUCAACUAGACGAAGUUAGAACUGUUGAGGAGCUGUUAUUGCCACAGCAGACGCUAGACAUAUCUGAACUGUCACAACUGUAUCCGCAUUUGCGGAAUUUGCCGAUUGAAUCAUACAGCAAUGCUCGCCCUCGUAUUUUAAUCGGCAUGAAACAUGCUCAACUCAUUCUAAUGCUUAAGUGUCGAGAAGGUAGAAUGGAUCAACCGAUCGCUAUAAAGACGCGUUUAGAAUGGACCGUAUGUGGGGGAUGGAGCACAGCAAACGACGCUAGCCUACACCAUUACACCUUUCAUGUCUGUCAAUGCAGUGAUGGGUCCGACGAGAAUCUACAUCAGGCAAUGAAGGAUUACUUCGCUCUGGAUAGUCUUGGAGUGACGAAGUCGGAAAAGCUAUCCCUGUCGACCGAAGAUAAACGCGCGAUACUUCUACUUGAAUCACUUACCCGUUUAAAAGAGGAUCGAUACGAGUGCGGUUUGCUCUGGAGAUACGACGAUACCCGUCUCCCUGACAGCCAAUCAAUGGCACUGCGGCGAUUCGUAUGUCUUAAGAAACGACUCGAGAAAGACUCUGACCUAGCAAAAACGCUCCAGGAUAAGAUAAUCGAUUACGAGGCGAAAGGCUAUAUUCGUAAGCUCACCGAAGAAGAAAUUAUGCAGCGAGUGCCGCGACGUUGGUAUUUGCCGGUUUUUCCCGUGACGAACCCGAACAAACCUGGCAAGGUUCGGAUAGUUUGGGAUGCUGCGGCUAGCGCUCACGGCACGUCAUUGAACUCCGCUUUAAUAACAGGACCGGAUCUGCUGGUCUCUCUGUUUGCAAUCUUACUCAACUUUCGAAGACGUAGUGUCGGGCUCACAGGAGACAUCCAUGAGAUGUUUCACCAGAUAAUGAUUCGGCUGGAGGACCAACCGAGCCAGUAUUUCUACUGGCAAGAUAGUCAUGAAGAUACAAUAGUCACAGUUUGUGAAGAACACCAAGAAGAGCAAGCUAUUCAGUUAGCCAAAGACGUUGAGCAUGUCCAUGCGGAAGGUGGAUUCGAGAUUAGAAAUUGGAUAAGCAACUCAAGCAAAGUGCUGGCGUCGCUAAAAGGUUUGGAGGCCGAUGAAAAAUGCCUUGAUUUAUCCUCCGAGCUAGCGACGGAAAAAGUUUUGAGAAUGUGGUGGAACACGCGUGACGAUGUGUUUACAUAUAAAAUCGGAUGGCACCGCUACGAUACGGCUCUGUUAGCCGGGCAACGUCGUCCCACGAAGCGGGAGGUACUGCGCGUGCUCAUGUCGAUUUUUGACCCACUUGGAUUGAUUUCUCACGUUCUCUCGUACUUGAAGAUUCUCCUACAGCAAAUCUGGCGUUCUGGCGUUCAAUGGGACGAGCCCAUCAACGAAGACUCAUUCCACAAAUGGCUAACUUGGCUAAAGGUUCUGCCGCUCGUUGAACAAUUACGAAUACCUCGGUGCUAUAACAAGUUAUACUCAAUGGACGAUGCAGACGAAAUACAGUUGCAUACGAUGGUGGACGCCAGUGAAAAUGCAAUGGCUGCUGUUUGCUAUCUCCGUUUUCUUAAAGAUGAGACCUUCAACUGUUCUAUUGUAGCCGCCAAAACAAGAGUUGCUCCACUAAAAUUUGUAUCAAUUCCAAGAAUGGAACUGGAAGCUGCACGCCUUGGUACGCGUCUAUCUCUCACGGUAGCAGAAUCGCUAUGUAUUCGAGGCUUCAAAAAGUUUUACUGGACAGAUUCUAAAAAUGUCCUCUCUUGGAUCAACUCAGACCAUCGUCGAUACAACCAAUAUGUUGGUCAUCGUGUCAGUGGGAUUCUGGAGAUCUCGGAAAAAUGUGAAUGGCGAUGGGUUCCUGGAAAACUUAACCCUGCGGACGACGCUACCAAAUGGACUAGUUUACCAGAUUUGUCAUCCGACCACAGCGAUCUUCGCAACAACGGUCCCUCGCUGCCACCAUUCAUCUCGUUCCUAUUCGUUAACAUGCAAGAGUUCUCUUUUUCUCUCGUAACAUCUUCUUGUGUGCUCGCCGAUACCACCCGUUCUGUGCCAUAA